UUGGGUUCCGGCCAGUCAGUGUGCAUCAAGUCUAUUGGGAAUCCUAGAAUCACAUCCCGGGUCGCUGUCGUCACUAUUUGUCGCUGUCGAUACUCACCGUUAAUCUGAUGAUAUUUCAUUAUCCAUCUGAGAGACGUGGCGGGGUCAAGCACGGGUGAUGAGCCCGGCUGCCUUGCUUCGCACGCACGCGCACGAAGCAGAGCCUCAGAAAACAGUCCUGGGAGGGAAACCGGGGAAACGUAACCUGGGGCGAGUAUCCAUUGGCUCCAUCCAGUGUCCAUAUCCGGGUAUUCUUGUCCUGUUCUGGGGAAGACGGAGUCCACGAGGCAAACAAAUCCUGGUCGGGCACGUAGAGCCUGUGAAGGGGAAAACGAGCACUUGCGACAGAAGCUCAACACGACGCAUACAUGACAGAUCACACAACAGGCCAUACGCGAACGAUUCCUCGCACGAAACCAAAGAAAAGCAACCCCCGACUCCGGUAGAGAGAAAGAGACGAAAAACGAACGAAAAAAAAAACAAUGCAAUAUACCUCGCAGGAGUGUGGACAUCUUCCAUGUCUAGAGACGAUGAGUUGAAGCCGGACAUGCUGUCCGGGCGGGUAGCAACCACGGCUGUCAUUGAUCCUGGGUGGAACGGCGCGUGGAACAGAUGUUAUCCCUGCGGAGCAGUUACGAGACUGGUUCUCAAUUGGGGAACGGUUGCGUGUUCAGUUCUCUGUCGACGGGGCGCGCGAACAGGCGGCGGUCCUUGGGCUGAUAAACAAGCGGCAAGACACCAGACGGGCAGCGAUGGGGUACGGAAGAAUCCUCAGUGGAGAGCGAGAGCUGCGGAGCAGCGGGAAGAGAGGCUUUGACGGUCUUGGGUGUAGCAACGAAAAAUAAGCCGUGGGACGUAUUGUGCGGUGUAGGUGAAGGUUGAUAUGAUGGGUCUCGGGUU